GCAAGGAAGGCAGGGCAAACUUUACCAUUAGCUAUAUUUAACAUGUCUGAAAAUGCAGAGUCUCCCACCGAAACUACAAAAGAGGAGCCCACGACCGUGUCAUCUCCUGCCGAAAACUCUGGGUCAAAUGAAGAGAAGAAAAAAAUUGACGUUCUGCUGAAAGCAGUAGGGGACACUCCUAUCAUGAAGACAAAGAAAUGGGCGGUAGAACGGGGACGAACUGUACAGUCGCUUUCUACCUUCAUCUCGCGCUUCCUCAAGCUGGAGCCCAGUGAACAACUGUUCAUUUAUGUCAAUCAGUCUUUUGCCCCAUCACCUGACCAGGAAGUGGGUGUCCUGUUUGAAUGUUUUGGCAGUGAUGGGAAGCUGGUUCUUCAUUAUUGUAAAUCUCAAGCCUGGGGAUGAGAUUGCGAGAUGGAUCCUCUUUUUUUGCCUUUCUCCCCCCUCUCCCACAAACGGACACUGCUCGUCUUGCAGACAUGGUGGCUUGUACUCACCCACAUGGUUGUGUUUAUAAUUAUUAUUGAAAAUGCUAUUGUUAUCAUUAACAGCACAUGUUUCUAUUUUCUGUACAUAACCUGUUGUAAAUAAAUUGGUUUGACUAGUUCUA